UCAAGUCACCGCUCUACACGAAACCAAUCCAAAAUUCUUCCAAAUUCUCUUUUCCAUUCGCAUAAACUGUGUGGAAAUAUUUGAUUCAGCCGCGUUUCAGAUUGCGAGGAGAAGGAAUCCAUGACGAUGGCGUGCAGAGCACUAUUUCGAACUGUGAUGCUCACGGAGCCAUGGCGAACUUCCCCUAAUCGUACCUCAUUUACGUUAUCCUUAGCCAAUCAGAAAUCCAGAAAACCAACUUCGAAUUCCAGAUGUGGAUGUAGAAUCGUUACACAAGUUGGAGAUAUAUGUGCUGAAAGACGAAUACAUCACCGGGUUAAUUGCUCUCAUGAGGAGAACCUUCCGUCCUCGUCUACCGAGAGUGACCAGGAACCUCCUCAAGAAGCCGUUCUCAAGGCUAUUUCAGAAGUUUCAAAGACCGAAGGUAGAGUUGGACAAACCACAAACAUGGUUCUUGGAGGUACAGUCACUGAUGAUUCAACAGACGAGUGGCUCACUCUUGAUCAGAAGGUAAACACUUACCCAACAGUAAGAGGGUUUACAGCAAUUGGAACCGGAGGUGAUGAUUUUGUCCAAGCAAUGGUAGUUGCUGUCGAGUCUGUCCUUCAACAUCCAAUCCCACUGGGGCAGGUGAAGCAGAAAAUGUCAUCUGGUGGCAAGUAUGUCUCGGUCAACAUUGGACCUGUUCAAGUUGUUUCUAGCGAGCAGGUUCAAGCUGUUUAUAAUGCCAUGAGGAGAGAUGAUCGAAUGAAAUACUUUCUGUAGCCUAUAUCUCUUCACUCUUCACUUUACAUAUAUGCAUGGAAAGUCAAACACUUUGACUACAUUGGUCACGGGGCUUUUUUUGGAAAUCUGCAUUAAGAUUAGAACCGGGAUCCAUUUUAUUAGCCAAAACCUGAUGGUAAUUCAAGGGUUAUUAGUAAAUUACCUUGUUUAUCAAGUCAAGUGUUCUCAAUUGUUAAUUCUCUGAUUAGAUAAUGUUCGGUUAUUUAACUUUCCUUACUUGUGGUAUUGUUGCAACUUUUAUGUUUGGGAAUUACGGUUGUUCCUGUUACCACAAUAGCUUAUGUAUAA